AGUCGUUUUUUAGCCACUAAAGGGAAUUGUUCGAAAGCGGAGAAAAUUUUAAGUGCGCAACCAGUUGAAUUCUUUUGCAAGUGCACUUUGUCUUUAUGAAUUCGAUUUACAGAUAGAAUUACCUUUUGUUGAGACUCUAGUACCUCUUUAAAUUCUCAGUGCGUGUGCGGGUGUGCCUGUGUGCUCCGUCUCCCUCGCACUGCGUCGAGUGUGUUAGUGUGUGCGUGAAGCGAGCGCGAUUUAAAAAUAAAACGGCAAAUACAUAAUAAAAAAUAUCGAAGAGCAACAGCGGCAGGCGUACCAACACAAACAAACCGAUACCAGCCAGCCGUGUGUUUACAUAGUGUUGUGCGCUGGUUUUUGUGUACCAAAGUUUCCUCCUCAUAACCAUACUAAAUUCAAACCAAGUCAGAAAAACCCGAUCUAGUUCGCAUGUAUGCAAGUGCAUUUUAUGGAGACUCAUUUGCCUGUGGAAGCCAGCAGGACAUUGAUCGGCCCAAGAGCCAGCUCAUAAAGUCCCAUAACAGAAACUGAAAAACUGAAUCCGAACCAGAAUAAAAACCCAAACCGUUGCACUGAUCACCAUACACAUUCAGCUGUCACAGCUUAGCAUCCAAAAUCACUAUACCACCAUCAUCAUAUCUAUCGGGUAGAGCAAGAGCAUGAGCUUGUGGAAGCGCAUCUCCAGCCAUGUCGACUGCGAGCAGCGUAUGGCGGCUUACUACGAGGAGAAGGGUCUGCUCGAGCUGCGCCUCUGCUUGGCACCCUGGAUCGAAGACAGGAUAAUGUCCGAGCAAAUUACGCCCAACACUACCGACCAGUUGGAGCGCGUGGCCCUCAAGUUCAACGAAGAUCUGCAGCAAAAGCUUCUGUCCACGCGCACCGCCAGCGACCAGGCCCUCAAGUUCCGGGUGGUGGAGCUUUGCGCCCUCAUCCAACGCAUCUCCGCUGUCGAGUUGUACACGCAUCUGCGGAGCGGCUUACAAAAAGAGUUGCAGUUGGUCACCGAAAAGAGCGUGGCUGCCACCGCAGGCCAAUCAAUGCCGCUAAAUCCCUACAACAUGAACAACACGCCCAUGGUUACUGGCUACAUGGACCCCAGUGAACUGCUGGCGGUGUCCAACAGUUGCAAUCCGCCUGUUGUUCAGGGCAUAGGCCCCAUCCACAAUGUGCAAAAUCCAGGCAUAGCCUCUCCAGCCCUCGGAAUGGUCCCGCCCAAGGUGGAGCUGUACGAUGUUCAACAUCAGAUCAUGCAGGCCCUCAAUGAUUUUGGCAACUGUGCCAAUGCAUUAAAACUGCUUGUCCAGAACUAUGGCUACAUGCUGAACUCCACAUCCUCGCCGAACGCAGAAGCUGCCUACAGAAGUCUAAUCGAUGAAAAGGCGGCCAUCGUGCUCACAAUGCGUCGCAGCUUUAUGUAUUACGAGACGCUCCACGAGUUGGUCAUAAACGAGCUGAAGAACUGGCGCCACCAACAAGCGCAAGCUGGAAACGGAGCUCCCUUUAAUGAGGGCUCCAUGGAUGACAUCCAGCGCUGCUUUGAGAUGCUCGAGACCUUUAUCGCACACAUGUUGGCUGCCGUUAAGGAGUUGAUGCGCGUACGUCUGGUAACCGAAGAGCCCGAGCUCACACAUCUGCUCGAGCAGGUGCAAAACGCGCAGAAGAACCUGGUAUGCUCCGCCUUUAUUGUCGACAAACAGCCCCCGCAAGUGAUGAAGACUAACACACGCUUCGCAGCGUCUGUGCGUUGGCUAAUCGGCUCCCAGCUCGGCAUCCACAACAAUCCACCCACAGUCGAGUGCAUCAUAAUGUCAGAGAUACAGGCGCAACGGUUCGUCAACCGCAAUACACAGAUGGAUAAUAGUAGCCUCUCCGGUCAAUCAUCGGGCGAGAUUCAAAACGCCUCUAGCACCAUGGAGUAUCAGCAAAACAACCAUGUUUUCUCCGCCAGCUUCCGAAACAUGCAGCUAAAGAAGAUCAAGCGGGCAGAAAAGAAAGGCACUGAGAGCGUUAUGGACGAGAAAUUCGCCCUGUUCUUCUACACCACCACCACAGUAAACGAUUUCCAGAUCCGGGUGUGGACCCUGUCCUUACCGGUGGUGGUGAUUGUGCACGGCAACCAAGAGCCCCAGUCUUGGGCUACCAUUACUUGGGACAAUGCGUUUGCGGAGAUUGUGCGCGAUCCCUUCAUGAUUACCGACCGCGUUACCUGGGCCCAGCUGUCAGUCGCGCUGAACAUCAAAUUCGGAUCUUGUACAGGGCGUUCUUUGACUAUAGAUAACCUGGAUUUCCUAUGUGAGUUCGAUCUCCGUUGUUUGUUGACGGUCUUGAUCUUUAUUUUCGUUUUCUUUACAGACGAGAAACUCCAGCGUGAGGAGCGAUCUGAGUACAUUACGUGGAACCAGUUCUGUAAGGAGCCCAUGCCUGACCGGUCCUUUACAUUCUGGGAGUGGUUCUUUGCCAUCAUGAAACUCACCAAAGAUCACAUGUUGGGCAUGUGGAAAGCAGGCUGCAUUAUGGGCUUCAUCAACAAGGCCAAGGCUCAGGAUGAUCUGUUGCGUUCAGUCUAUGGUAUUGGGACUUUCCUGCUCCGCUUCUCCGACAGCGAGCUCGGUGGAGUCACUAUCGCCUACGUAAACGAAAAUGGACUGGUCACCAUGCUGGCGCCAUGGACUGCACGUGAUUUUCAGGUGCUGAACCUGGCCGAUCGCAUUCGCGAUCUAGAUGUGCUUUGCUGGCUGCAUCCUAGCGAUCGCAACGCGAGUCCCGUGAAGAGGGAUGUCGCCUUUGGUGAGUUCUACUCAAAGCGUCAAGAACCUGAACCCCUCGUUCUAGAUCCCGUGACCGGUUAUGUGAAGAGCACAUUGCACGUUCACGUUUGUAGCAAUGGAGACAAUGGAUCUACAAGUGGAACUCCGCAUCAUGCUCAGGAAAGCAUGCAACUGGGAAAUAUCUCGCCACAAAGCGGCAUCACUUUCUAUAGCCCAACCCGACCUGAGGAAUCAGAUUCCGAUGCUAGCGAAACGGCCGAGGCCCUAGCGAGCAUUGUGAAAAGCGCUCAACCCAACGAUCCUGUGAUAAGUGAAAUCACUGAAGCCUUAUUGACAUACAACUAUAGACAUGGUGACUUUGGAAUGGCGGACUUCGAUACGAUUACAAACUUUGAGAACUUUUGAAACUAUUACCACUAUAGAGGUCUACAUAUAAUCGAAAUCAAAUAAACUCCUGAACGUGUGCCGCUAUCUUGGAAGUCCGACGAUGCCGAUUCCGCCACCUCAACGAUAUAAACGAUCUGGCGCAUGACUCAUUGUGCUAAUCUAAAGUUUUAUUUAAUGUUAUCUAGAUGUAAUUAUUAGAUUUGGGAAUGCAUCGUAGUGGAAGGUUUUGAUUGCUUUUUGUGAAACGCCAAAACACAGAACAACAUCAACAACAAUUAGAUCUAGCAGAUCAAUGCAUGCAAAUUGCGCACCUCAACACAAACACCUUCAGCUCACAGCCAGAACAUUGUCUAUAUUAUAUAUCGUGAUUAUGAUUGUGUCUGACUUAAGCAGAAUUUAGAAUUUCUGUGUUGUAUAAACCUUUAGAAUGUGUCCGCAUGUUGUUUUAUAUUUUUAUAUAUACCUUUUAUAUAUGUAUACAUAUGAUUUCAAUUUUGCACUAUGACGUGUUCGUCUGUGACAAAGCAUUACGUUUAAAUGAUACUGACGAGAGAAUCGGUUUAGUUAGUGAGUAACUAUUUGUUGAAUCAAAUUUUUGAUUUUGAUUUUAGUUUUAAUCGCCUAAUUUUAAAACUUGGAUAUACAAAUUACUUCGCGUGCUAAGCCUAUGUUAAACGAAAGAUAAAAAACAAUCAACGAAAGCAGCAACGCAGAUAUUGAUUGCUUUAAUUUUAGUUAUAAUCUAAGUAACAUUGAAUUGCUUUAUGUAACCCCUCCUUUAUUGGCUUCCAAUGCUGAAAAUGCGCAAAAAUUUAAACUAAUCAAUGUAUAUUUUUUUUAACUUGUUUGUUUGAGUCAUCUGGGCAGAGUUUGCAAUGCAUUUCAAAUGCGCCACAUGCAAUUGCCUUUUUAGUCAGCUAUUAGAGACACGAGGACCAUAUUACGUUUGUAUGAGAGAUCAUAAACAUAAUCAUUUAUGUAUGUAACCAACAACAAUAACACAAUACUACACUUAGCUUUGUACGCGAACAUUAAGAAUUUUAUAAGACUUAAGUACACCCCAAAUAAAUAUACAAUUCAAUAAACAUAAACCACUUAUAUGUGAACGAGAGCGGAUUUCCUUCUGUGUACUCACAAUUUGCAAAACAAUAUGUAAUAAUGUGUACGUAAAAUUUUAAUGUUUCAUUAUGAAAGCUAUUGCACACACACAUUCCCAAAAAACUCUAAACAAACACCACAUAACACACAGAUACACACAAAUACACACGAGAGACGCUUUCCAAAAACAAUGUUGAUAUUUGGAUACUAUUUGAUUGUCCUGUACUCACGGUGUACUUGAACUAAAUGUGUACAUGGUGUAAGUGUUUUAAAUGUAAUUUCAAACGCUAAUUGGGUGUGCAGUUUCUAAAGCUAAAGUGGGAAACUAUUCUUGUCAAAAUGGCCAAUAAAGAUUUGAUUUUAAACAUUA